AUGAGUGGGGAUAUACCUAACGAUAUUACGGGCCAUAUCGAAGUUAUGUGCGAAUUCGAUGACGAUAACGAACAUUGUCCACAAGAACCGAUGUGUGAAAAUAACGAAGAUUCGGACAUUAGCGAUCGGCCCUUUGUUUUGCUCAAGCCUAAGUGGAUGAAGACUAAGAACUAUAAAUUCUUGAAGCAGCCGGUAGUUUUGUCCAUAGAAAAACACGCAGACAUUUAUACAAAAUUAGGAGCACUGAAUCCAUUACAGUUAUUCGAAUUAUUUAUCGAUGCUGAUGUCAUCAAUUUCAUUGUUCAAAGUACAAACCGAUAUGCGGCUAUCGAUCGCAAUGAUCCCUCUUUCAAAACCGAUGUCGAAGAAGUGCGCAAAGUAAUAGGAAUAUUGUUUGUGACUGGGUAUCACACAUUGCCGAUAAUCAGGUGUUAUUGGUCGGAUAGCCCAUCUUUAGGUUGUGCGAUAAUAAAAGCAAGCAUGACUCGUGAUCGUUUUCUUCGUGUCAAAGCGCAUCUCCAUGUAUGCGAUAACCGAAGCCUUGAUCCGAAAGACAAAUUCGCCAAGGUGACACCCUUGAAUGAUAUGAUGAACGAACGGUUCAUGCAAUUCGGCGUCUUCGCUCACAAUUUAUUGAUCGACGAACAAAUGAUUGCAUAUUUCGGUCGACAUUCUUGUAAAAUGUUCAUCAAGGGGAAACCGAUCCGAUUUGGAUUCAAGUAUUGGUGUCUUUGCUCGUCCGAAGGACCGAUUUUUUCAUUCAUACCGUACGCCAACGCAUCCAGUAAUAAUAAUAAAGAGCUCGGACUCGACCAGACCCAGGACAUCGCGUUGAUGAGGAAGGACCUGCGGGUGUAUCUUUCGGACCCCCCGCCGACUCCACUGGCGCUAAUGAAAAAAAUCGUCACCCUAGACGAUCUCCUAGCCCAAAACCGAGCGCCAAAAACAGAAGCACCAGCGGCCUCCAGCCCAAAGGCCUCCGCUAGAACGCCGCACAGUGGGGCAACGCCGGAAAAAAUCCCGGCCGUAAAAAUCAGCUUUAUCUAA